AUUGCUCUUUUGUUAAUGCAUUUUGUUGUUUCUUUUUAUUUCUUAUCACACUGCUCUGUGCUUUGUCAUUGUAGACCGAAAAAAACAAAGUAUACUGCCACAAGGCGGCUGCUCUUGAAAAGCAAAUUAUUGAAGAAGGCCACGUCCAUGCUGGCAGCUGAAAAAGAGCAGAAUAAAAGAGAGAGGGAUGAGGCUCUUAAUGAGAGGGUUCCUCCUCUCAAACUAUCUGGUCUGUCUGCACAGGAACUCCAGGAACUUUGCAGAGAACUUCACCGCAAGAUUGAUGUUGUUGAUGAGGCGCGAUACGAUCUUGAAAUUAAAGUGGCUAAAAAUGAAAUAGAGAUCCAGUCGUUGACUCAGAAGAUUUGGGAAAUGAAGGGUACAAAGCAACGAACCAAACUGAAGAGAGUUAAGAAGUCACACGAUGCCAAGCUCGAUGCGCUGACUGAAUCCAAAAUGUCAUCAAAGUCCGAUUUCAAAGCCAACCUGAAGACCGUAAAGAAAGAAGAAGAGAAGAAAGAAGAGGUGACUGACUGGCGUAAGAAUGUGGAAGCUAUGUCUGGAAUGGAGGGCAGGAAGAAGCUGUUUGAUGCUGGACAAUAAAAACAUUACAAAGUAAACUUGUGCCUUGACAAUCUAGCACAUUUACCAACCAAGCUUGUUAAUUCAAGGUUGCCAUUGUUUUUUUACUUCUCAGACUCUGUAACAAGAAAUGUGUACCCAGACGAGAAGGCUUCUAACAUAAAUGGUUGCAAGCAAGAAAAUCCAAACUGUACAAAUUGGAUUUCUUGUCACUAAUAAUAUCAAUUAAACACACAAAAACUGUUUAUAAUGUGCAUAGUUUUAAGUGUUUUUGUAGGUGACAUUAACACUUUGUUUAUCUUUAUCAGUUGUCCUUUGCUGCAAUUUGUGGACAGAUUAUGUUUCAAUGCGCCUGAAACCAAAAUGUAUAUCUUGUAUAUGAAAUCUUAAAUAUGAAUAAUAAUACGCAUGAGAAUUAUAAUCAGACUAAUUGAAUGCAGUGUUGUGAAAUGGUGCUUUUUAGGAAUAAAAUAUGUCCAAUAUUGUAACACUUUCUAUGCUACUGAAAGUAAAAAUUGCAAUGUAAUGGCAUUCCAAAAUUAAAUGACCCCAUGCACACAGAAACACAUUGAGUCACUGUGCAGUUCCCUUGCAAAACAAAUGCCGUCCUUGAAAUGCAAUGCUACACUUGGUUGUGUACCUUGCAAGUGUUAGCAAGUUACCAAAUGCUUUGUGUAUAUUUACUCAAAUUCAAUGCAGCUUCGGUAUCAUUUAUUUGUAUUUCAUACUGCAUUGCAAACCAAGAUUGUAGGAGUAUAAAACAUGGACAGACAACAUAAUACACUGAUUCAUAUCUUUAUAUCAGUUUGCUAUGUUGUUCCAUAUUA